GAGAGAGAGAGAGAGAGAGCGGUACUAUCUAGUCUGCAGCCAGUAGCAGCUGGUGUCGGGCGUGAUGACCUUUCGUCUCCUGACGGUCAGGUGCGUAGAGAGGCGGAGAUUCGGAAGAAGCUGCUUUAUAUCGCGCCGCUCGCGACGUCCCGGGCAACAAAUGCGUGAACGGACACAGAGCGGGCGUGUGAUCUAGUUCUUUAUCCCCUCUCUCUCCCACCGCGACCACAGUAACAGCUGUCUCCAUGCUCACAUAGCGGGUUAGAGAGGGCAAGGAGCGCUCCUCAUCCUCACACAGUGCGUUUUAUUCGGGGGCGGAAGGAUGCGAGGGUCCUGUUGACACCACGGAGAGAUACACGCUGAGACCGACGAUGGCUGUGGACGCGGCGUCCAGCUUCAGCUUCUGCCGCGCCUCCCUGGAGCACACGCUGUCGGCCGAGGAGCUGAGCUGCCAGCUGCCGCGCCGCGCCGGCGGCAGCAACCUGACCUGGCACGACGGGCGCGGCCAGAAGACGGCGCACGUGCACGCGCACGCGCACGAGCACGAGCGCAGCGUGAAGCUGCUGCAGCAGCCGGGCACCGAGGGCGUGCAGGUACAGCUGCGUCCGGGUGAAGCCUUCACUGUGUAUCACACCAGCCCCACGCUGUCCUGUCUGUCCAAACCCGUGGUGCUGUGGACCCAGCAGGACGUCUGCAAGUGGCUUAAGAAACACUGUCCUCACAACUACCUGACCUAUGUGGAGGCCUUCUCUCAUCACGCCAUCACAGGCCGAGCGCUGCUGCGCUUAAACGGGGAGAAGCUGCAGAGGAUGGGCAUCAUCCAGGAGACGCUGCGGCAGGAGGUGCUCCAGCAGGUGCUGCAGCUGCAGGUCCGAGAGGAGGUGCGCAACCUGCAGCUGCUCAGUAGAACCUCAUUUGGGAACUUCUCUUAGCUCAUCCCUGGCCACGUUUGGCAGCUGCUCCCUCAUCCCCUGUCACAAUGCGUCUCUGGGAGCCACGGAGGAGCGGCUCAAUGGGUGAAAGAGAGGACGGGCCUAUAGACGACUUGCCAAAUAUGAGGAGGAGGACUCUCAUUCAGGGGCCAAUCUGGUUCACAGGGACAGAGUCCGCUCAAGGCAGGAACACAAACUGUAAUGUAGUGAUAAGAUGUAAGAUUCAGUCAUAGUUGUGGUGUUGGCCCCUCACUACUACACUCUAUAUGCUCCAUCAUAACCCAACAGAACCUUGAAAAUGAAGACUUACACAGGUUUAUUUGGACAGACGCACAGAUGCAGGUUACGUCUCCUGUGGUUUGGGUCAUUGAUUAAUCCUCCGGUCAGAUUUUACAUCACGUACGUCUCUGAACCCGCUGACGCUGAAGAUGGAGGACGUGAACACAGAUUCCCAUGCACGGAUCCCAUGCUCAGUCUCCCUGCGAAGCGACACCGAGCCGUUUAGAAGUAGAUGUGGUGUGAAGUGCGUCCGAGCAGAGACAGUAUAAUCGAUCCCUCGCUCAUAAUGUAGGUCACAGUGCAUUUUCCUCUCAGGACGUCGGAGGAUCAACAAUAACACUUCCAGCUGAAUGUCAUUCACACAGUCAGUCUGUUUGUUUCGUGACUUAUCUGCAAAAUGUCAGUGAGAAAUUAAAAGCAUAUACUCGAUACGAGCAUUGUAGAAUAACAUGCAGUUUAACCUGUGUAUACUGUGACAGUACUCUAGUCUUUAAUUAAUGGAACGGAUGGAGUUAGUGUGAGUCUGAGCUUGAAAAGCAAUAAUUUGAACUGUAAGAGAUGAAAAUGAAGAGGGUUUUUUUUACAGCUGGGAUGCACAAUAUGGCCGACAUCCAGUAAUAAUGCUGCUUCUGACCCGUGUGUGUGUGACUCUGUCAUCACAGUCUCUGUGCUCUGGUUUUUAGUCACGCUAAGUUCCUGAUGUGACUCUAGGAUCUGGUUUCAAAUGCUCAGAAAACUACGCUACAGCAGCUUUAAGGUCAAGUCACACAAAUGAAGAGAAAGACGCUCCCAUUAUGACAUCCAUCCUUCUGUCCUUGGACAAGAAUGUCCAGCUAAUGUGAGCCACUGACUGUUACAAAGGAGGAAACGCUCUGUAUUAUUUUGGAUACGCAGAUAUUAACAUGUAUGUUUUACUCCUAAACUGAAUUUUAGAGGCUGAUAUGUAUCUGCUUUGUUGAUAGAAGGACGUGUGGUAUGAAACAGGACGAACAAUGUCUUUUUAGAAUAAACUGAAAGAAAAGUGAAAUGAAA